GACCGGCGCCUGCCUGCCUGCCUGGGUUCCGGAUGCCGACGUCGCCGAGUCGGCCGAGAACUUGUCGGGCUUGAGCCCCAGCCGGCCUGGCUCGCGCUCCUCGGCCCCACUGAAGGUAAACUCCCCUGCGCUGCGGCCUUGCUCCCGAUCCGCCACCAAAGCGACUUGCCGUCCUCUACCUCCCUUUUAGCACAGAAAUGAGUGGUGGCUUGGCUCCCAGUAAGAGCACAGUUUAUGUAUCCAACUUGCCUUUCUCCCUAACAAACAACGACUUGUACCGGAUAUUUUCCAAGUAUGGCAAAGUUGUGAAGGUUACUAUAAUGAAAGACAAAGAUACCAGGAAGAGUAAAGGGGUUGCAUUUAUUUUAUUCUUGGAUAAAGACUCUGCACAAAACUGUACAAGAGCAAUAAACAACAAGCAGUUAUUUGGUAGAGUGAUAAAAGCGAGUAUUGCUAUUGACAAUGGAAGAGCUGCUGAAUUCAUCCGCAGGAGAAACUACUUUGAUAAAUCUAAAUGCUAUGAAUGUGGGGAAAGUGGACACUUAAGUUAUGCCUGCCCCAAAAAUAUGCUUGGAGAACGGGAGCCCCCAAAAAAGAAAGAAAAAAAGAAAAAAAAGAAAGUUCCGGAACCAGAAGAAGAAAUUGAAGAAGUAGAAGUAAGUGAAGAAGAGGGGGAGGAUCCAGCUCUGGACAGUCUCAGUCAGGCCAUUGCUUUCCAGCAAGCCAAAAUUGAAGAAGAGCAAAACAGAUGGAGGCCCAGUCCCGGAGGUCCCUCAGCUUCUGAUGAUUCCAGACGUCCAAGGAUAAAGAAGAGCACAUACUUCAGUGAUGAGGAAGAACUCAGUGACUAAAAGUAUAUUUUAUGUAAAUAUCAUCAAAAUAAAAUCUCAGAAUACAAA